AUGGACAAGUCUAAGAAUUGAAGAUUUGUAUAUUUUAAUGUCUUGAUAUAAUCGAUUUGCUUCCCCCAGACAAAUACAGGCUCGGGAAACGAGAAGUAAAUUAUUCCAUGGACUGUAGGCCGAGUAUAGCCCCGGCUAUGUCUCUGGCCUGGUCUGGUUAGUGACUGAUGCACUGCGCCUGCUUCGGCUGCCGUGGACGGUUCUUGUGAUGGCUCUUCUUUAAUUAAGGCUUGGGCCGCGAGUUUCCAUUUCACUUUUGUGUUAGCUCACGUCUUCACUCUCUUCUACUUUCCCCCGGCAUUCCAGCGUGUUGCCCUGCUGGUUUCACUUCCGCAUACCCUCAUUCUUGCCUCCUCCACUGUCGUUCGAAGCCGACGCCCUUUUUUAAAACCCCUCGAAGAUCCGAUACAAGCUUCCCACGAUGGUUUGGGGUAGUCGCCAGCCAAAAGACUCGAAUGGCUCUCCCCCGCCUGAUGCUGAUGCAGAUAAGCCCGUUGCGCGGGCGAAGCUCUCCCCAAAUUUGCAGAAGCUAGUUGACAAGGAAGACGACUUUUAUGAUGAUAUCUAUCCCUCAUACUCCGUCGAUUCCACCGACACCUCCUACCGCUACGCUGCAUACGCCCAGCGCAUCCGCACCAUCCUCCUCUCCGCCCACCGCUACGUCGCCUACACCUCAGACAUUGGCGAGUCAUUCCGCCCCGUCGCACACCCCUACCUCGUCCGCUCUGCCUACGGUAUCUCCUGGGCCUACCUAAUCGGCGACGUCGGCCAUGAGGGCUACAAAGCGUAUCUGCGCAACCGCCACGCCCUUGCCCCACCCGGCGACGCGCACAAGGAUGCCAGCGCUGCCUCAUCCGAGCAGAUCCUCCGUGGCAUGGCGACGGGGAAUAUCAGCAAGCCCUUGACGGAAGAGGGGAAAGCUGUGCAGGAGAAGGAUUCGUUGACGCCGUGGCCGACAACGGAGAUUUCGCUUGCGGAGGAUUAUCGUAUGGUUAUGGUCAAGCGGGCUGUUUUCCAGAGCAUUGCUAGUAUGGGAUUACCCGCUUUUACCAUUCACAGCGUGGUGAAGUAUUCGGGCCGUGCUGUCAAGGGCGUGAAGAAUUCGCUUGUGCGGACUUGGUCCCCCAUCGGGCUUGGUCUCGCCGUCGUACCUUUCCUUCCCUACCUCUUCGAUCACCCGGUCGAAGAAGCCGUUGACUGGGCCUUUGGCACCGCCCUUCGCAUCUACGGCGGCGAAGAUGCCGUCCGUCCUUUGCCCACCCACUCCAAAACCGCGACCGAGGAAAGUGGAAGCGUGACAACUGCCGCACAGCUCUCGUGGGAGGAGUACAAAAACGAACGGGAAAAGGCUCGUGAGCUUCGUCGGGAGCAGAGCGACAGUAAGCCGCUGUCUAGUUGGUUUGGAGGCUGGACCUCUGGAUCUGAGAAGUCGAAGAAGGAGUAAAAUGGUUGAGCCUAAUGUGAUGCUCUUCUCCGGCUGGAUAUGAUAUCUGAUAUCAACUCCCCUCUCUUGUGGAUAUACACACAUAUCUCCCCCAUCUCUUUUUUUUUUCUUCUUGUGCAUAGUACAUAUAUGAAUAAUCUAGCUCUAUUAACUUCAUCUGAGAUA